UUUUUUUCCGCCUCCAGUUGGCAAGACCUCCAUUCGCUGUCUUCGAGUUGUCUCCUGUUACUUUUGUGUCCCAGUUCGCCUUUCGGUUCUGAAAAUGCGUCGCACUUUGGCCUUCGUCUUGCUCGUGUCCGUCCUGGCAGUGGCCUUUACAGCUCCUACCCCCGCUGAAGAACCGAAAGAGGAGGAGAUCGAAGGCAGGACCAGACAUGGCCGUUUGCGUCAUCAUGGUCGUGGAAAGAAAGGUGGCUUCGGUGGACCCGGCAUCGCGGGUCCCGGAGGUUUCGGCCCCGGUAUUGGUGGGGGCUAUGGCCCGGGACUGGGAGGUGGCCAGUUCGGCAGCGGCUUCAACCAGGGUGGAAGUUUUCAGACGGGUGCUCAGGGGAACAGGUAUGGCCAGGGUGGCUUCAACUACAAUGUCGGUGGCUCGAAUAGACGCGAAUACGGCAACGUGCAGACCUACGGAGAUCGCGAGUCAUUUGGUCUGAGUAAAAAUGAGGGAGCCAACCGGGCCACUGGACAGUCUAGCUUUGGCAACGAAUACAAGAACCAGGAACAAGGAUCCGGAGGCCAGCAGUUCAGCUCCGGAUUUUCUGGCUAAAACCGAAACGUCUAGGUGUCAUUGCCGCUUCACUUACUAUCCAAGAAAGAAUAGGCAGAUCAACCUCACAUGCGAGAGAGAACUUACCUAAAUUUCGGAAAGAGACGAUGGUGUUUUCAACGCAGGACAUGAAAUUCAGAGCAUGGCUACAUCUACCGCUAGACUAGGCACCUGAAUAUGCCAGGUGAUAUGAGUCACGCUUGCAUCGGUUCGCUUGCCCCAUAAGUUCUGUACAAUGAUACCUUCUACUGUUGUCCAAUACCUUACAACCACAUUUGUAUUUGCCUUUUAAAAUUCAAAUAAAACAGCCGUACAGAUGUGAAUAAACGUCACUCUAUUAAGCAAUGAGAACUUCAUACCGAAUGUGCCACUCUCCGCUAGAUAAUGAGAGAAGUCAUCAGUGAGAUAGGCAAAUAACACUAGUGCGCAAAUAGAUUUGCCAUACGUCCGGUGUUUUUCACAAAACAAUUGCAAGCAGUUACCGUAGUUUUGCUGCUGAGUUAUGCUGAACCAACCAUAUCAACUGCUUUUUGAGAAAGCCUGAAUUCAAGAUUUUCGCACAGUUGCAUAAAUGCAUCUUGAGGGCUUCGUGAGCCAAAGCUCAUUAAAAAUCGCCAGCUGUUCCUGUUUUAUUUUGUGUUGUAGUAUAAUAAUUUGAAAAUUAGCCAUCAUAUUUACUUCAAAUGCAAGACCUUGUUUGAAGAAUCACACUUAAUUUCUGCAGAGUAUUGGCAGUAAAUGUAAGUUGCCUGUGGCACCCCGCUCCUUCAUUUAUUAAAUAUUUCGGCGAAAGUUAAGUAACGUGACAACAUUUCAUACAUCCACACGAGCACAUGUAGCCUGUGAUACGUCUAGCCUAUACAGAAUUGUGCGAAGAUAUCACUGCAUUAAAGCAACCCAAGCGUUAAAAGAAACUUUAAGGACACAGCUCACAUAGACAAAAAAAAGGAAGGAGACAGAAUAGGGCGUCCACUUGCAACUAGGUUUAUUUAAAAAUAAAAGCUCUUAUGUAAAUGUGGACUUGCACAGUAACAGUUUUGUAGGAUUUUUUUUGUCUGGGUGGGUUGCGUCUUUACCAUUUAUUUGGAAUGAACCAACUGGCCUAACAACAUGUUCUAAUAAGCCCAGUGGUUCAUUUUCAAACUUUGCAGCCCUCCCUACGAUAUAGUACCUGAACAAUCUGACAAUACUCAUUUCUUUGCAUGUGUAUAGAAAAGACUCUGGGGCGUUUUCUUCUUGUGCCAGUAAAGGCUGUAUCGCACACUGAGAGUACAUAAAGUGCAGUGUAUAGGUUAUUGGAAAUAAAGAUUAUCGUACAGAAUUGUUGGCGCUGCAUUUUUGUUCGCCAGACUGAGCCUGUCAAAGUAAAUUACGGUACUAAGGAUAUGUAUGCGGCCUUUCGCAUGACGUGGGAAGCAUAUAUUAUACAGUCAAAUGAACGUUACUUUGGGUAUUGCACAAAAUUUGUUAGAACACCACUGUAGUUUGCUCAGUAAUUAGUGGAACUACGCAACAUUUAAGUGGGCAAAUUAUUCCUAGUUGGUGGUUCGUAUCAUUGGUACUGCGAUGAAACACGUUUGCAUUUCACCUUUUAGUGCACGUGUGCAGAAAUUACUGGAAAGAAAAAAAAACAAUUCACUCACUAACACCUACCAAAAAUAACACAUGAAACAUCAAUUUAAAUAUGGUCACACGUUCGCGAAAUCACUAGUGUUUGGUAGCACUCAUCGUGUUCAGCCUGAAACAAGCCUCACCGAAUACGGUGGGAUUUCAGUGUGAUUUCUCUUUCUUUACUGCUACUGAACAUAACUUGCAAAAAAAAGUGGGGCACACGAAUGUGUAGGCUCUGACCAAAAGGAAUAUGACGCAGUAUAACAGAGUCACUUGGUGACCAAGGAGCAGAAAUAUCAGAUUUCAAACGGUGCACUCUAUGGUAAAUGUCUGUUACGGUACCGCUUAUUUUCUGAGGCUUGCAACGAGCGUGACUUCAAAACAACACACAAUGGGGAACACGGAAAUGUUUUUAGCUUGCCCGUACCAACGUGGUAGAAGCGCACUGCGUGCUCGACUUAUCUCUGAGGACUACAAAUAAAGUUUCACCAUCCACCCAUUCAUUGAUGAUUCUUAAAAACGCACUAGAAAGUAAACGCCCGGAUGUUCAGCGGUUUUUGUUCACUUCGAAAUGAUGGCGCGAGGUUUGAGAAUACGACAAUCAUCCCCAAGCUUAGCAGGAAAACAUCGUUGUCGUUAAAGGACCCCUGAAACCAAAAUAGAAACCUCGGGGCGCUCGUUUUAUUUAAUUGCUCAUUGGGGUACGGGGGCACAGCAGGCCAAUUUUUCGCGACGAACGUUGCCUUUACGAUUUUACAAUUUUGUUUUAAAGUAAGCUUAAGUGCUCAUCGGAGUUGGCAGCACUUGUUGACAUCAGAACUGGUCGGUACCGAGUGAGAUGUUGCACGAGUAAAAUGAGUAUGGACGACAUCAUAGAAAACAAACCCGAAGAAAGCUUUUGUUCCUCGAACUUCACACUUUACUGUUAUCGGGCUUCUUUCAAGGUAGUUAGGGCUGCUCACACCACGAAGGAUUUCCGUUUUAUUAAGGGGGUGGCACUUACAUUUAACUAGCUCACCUCAUAUAAAAAAGCUGCCACCGAUUUUCAUUCUUCACCAAUCGCGGGUCCCUCAAUUGAGAACACUCUUCAAACGUUACGGAAGAUGAAACGCACGUGGUCCUAAGCCCCCCAUCACCCAAUUUUUUAGUUGAAGCGCCCGACUUUUUAGGAGUAUAUCAUGCGGAGCCAGUACUGCUGCAUGUUUCUCUAUAUACGAUUCAUUGUUUUGGUCUAGAUGCACUUCAGCACAACACUGAAGGUAAUUGCAAUUAACACCGUCAGCACUAGUCCUACGGUACGUUCAAGCCUUUACGUGUCAAUUUCGCGAUGAACAGUCACAAAUUUACAAAUUACAGUACAAACCAACUCCUCCAAAGAGCACUUGGAGAUCAAAAAGGUUACAAACGAAAAUUUUGCUCUCAGAGGUUCAUUCUGAUGUCAUCUUGGUCACCACUGUUUUAUGUGCGUCUGUGAAGUGACGGUUAUGCACUGUAGAGGGCAUAAAAUUUGCUCUGGAAUGCAGUACGCUGGCCAACACCUAGAAGUAACGAGAAAAAAAGCCCCUCUAAAUGCUUUCUGAUACCGUUCCAGCAAAUAGAGCAAAUUAUCAUUUAAGUCGACUUAGUACAGUGCUAAGGAAUUUAAACGUGAAAACUUAGGGCUGUGUAUAAUGCACGUUGUUGUAUUUCCAGCACCUACUUUUCUCGUCAUUUGUAUUGAUUCUGACUAGAAAGCUUACAUCAGAGCUAACAAUUGCACCGUUCAGAUCUGCAGUGGCAUGGCGUGGUAACUAUGAGAAAUCAAUCGUAGCUCUGAUUAAACUAAAAAAGAAUACAAGACAAUGUCGCAUUUCAAUGCGUGAGUAUUCCACGCCGCAUCCAGACCGACAGUGGGAGUGGACAUUGCAAACGUGGUUGCGGUGUUUCAGGAAACAUUUUCCUCCAUUUUAGGUUUUUGUGAGUUGUGUUUAUAAAUAUUUCGCUGCCCUGAGUUGUUGAAGUUUGGCUCUAUUAUGCGAAUAUAACGGAAAAAAA